GUUACUUCGAGGCGCGCGGGAGGUGAUCAAAGAGAGGCGAGCCGAGGACAGGACUCGAGAAACGCCGUUCGGGCUGCUGGCUGCAUGAGGCGCACAAUCUCGUCAACCCCCCGGUUCGCUUGCCAAGCCUGGCUGUUCUCCUCCAGCUUGCCAGUAGCAAUUGGGAGCAGAGUUCCCGCAAAGGUUAAGUGGACGGGGACUUUGGAGCUGUCACGCCGAAAGAAAGCUAAGAGCGGCAGCGCCUUUGCGAGGCGCCAGCGGAUUUGCUCGUACACCGGAUCGGCCGCAGCGGCGAAAAAGAGCGAGGCUGUUUCGGCGGUGCCCUAGCAUAAUGGUGACACUUAGCCCCGUCGGUUCGGUGCACCUCACGCUGAGCGCCAAUAGCAGUAACAGGCAGAGCCCGGGCAAUUCGACCGCGUCCGAAGAAGGCUGGGUGGUGGGCAUGUCCAUUCUCAUGUCCUUGAUCGUGCUGGCCAUCGUCUUUGGCAACGUGUUGGUGAUCACGGCCAUCGCCAAGUUCCAGAGGCUGCAGACGGUCACUAAUUAUUUCAUCACUUCUUUGGCAUGUGCGGAUCUCCUGAUGGGCCUCGGGGUGGUCCCCUUUGGAGCCAGCCACAUCAUUCAGCGCACCUGGAAGUUUGGGAGUUUCUGGUGUGAGUUUUGGAUCUCGAUUGACAUCCUCUGUGUGACAGCCAGCAUUGAGACACUGUGUGUCAUUGCUGUGGACAGGUACUUUGCCAUCACUUCUCCUUUCAAGUAUCAAAGCCUCUUGACCAAAAAUAAAGCCAGGAUGGUCAUCCUCUUGGUUUGGGUCAUUUCAAUCCUGACUUCCUUCUUACCUAUCCAGAUGCAGUGGUACAGAGCCAAAGGGCUAGAAGCUGAGACUUGCUAUUUGGAUAAGAACUGUUGCGACUUCUUCAUCAACCAGGAGUACGCCAUUACUUCCUCUGUCAUCUCCUUCUAUUUACCUUUGGUGGUCAUGGUUUUUGUCUAUGCCAGAGUCUUCCAGGUUGCUCAGAAGCAGCUAAAAAAAAUAGACAAAUGCGAAGGGCGAUUCCAUCAGCAAAAUUCCAAUCAGGAGCGAAGUGCCGGAAAGGGAGGUCAUAGGAGAACAUCCAAGUUUUGCUUGAAAGAGCACAAAGCUCUCAAAACACUGGGCAUUAUCAUGGGUACCUUCACUCUGUGUUGGCUCCCAUUUUUCAUUGUCCACAUUGUGCGUGUUAUUGAAGAGGCCUUGAUUUCCAAAGAUGUGUACAUCUUUUUGAACUGGGUGGGAUAUGUCAAUUCUGCCUUCAACCCCUUAAUUUACUGCCGAAGCCCAGACUUCAGGUAUGCUUUCCAGGAGAUCCUCUGUUUCCGGAGGUCUGCCCUGAAAAUGUAUGUCAACGGACAUUCCCAUAGCAAUGGGAAGAGUGACUGCAAUGGGGAUCACAAUGGCUAUAAUGCAGGCGAGCACAAGACUAGCCAAUGGCUGUGUGAAGAAGGACGUCCCCCUACUGGGGAAGAGUUUGUGCAUUGUAAAGAGAUUCCUGGGUGCCCUGGAAUGGUUGAAAGUUGAAUGGGCAAAGAAUAUCUCACCCUUUGCAACUUGCAGAAGCUUGUGAAGAGAUGAGUCCAAGUUCAGCCAUAUUUCUAUCAGGAUGGGAGAACUACACAUUCCUUCAAAGAGGGAUAAAGGAAUGAGCGGGCGGAGUAAGCCAAGACUCCAGAUUGUGAACCAUGAGGAAUCUGUAGUGAAUGAAUCUUUCUGGGGACCCAACUAAAAGAAACCAAAUUCAUCAUGUGAAACUACUGCUUGAGAUUGGAUUGGUGGAACCUUUAUAGUGCAAUAGUGAAAAGGCUUUCAUGGAGCUGAAUAAUAUGAGUUUUCAGAAGCAGGGGAAGAGUUAAAACACUCUUUCACAUCUCCACUUAUCACCACAGGAAAUCUCAAGGAACAGAAAGCUUGGGAAUAUGCUUUCCCAUAUUAUUCUUAGUCUACUAAUAAAAAGGACACGUAACAUCAGGCUUUUUAGCGAAACUAGUGGAAUGUUAGGAUUGGAACCAGAUCUUGGUGCAGCCCAUGAUAAUCACAAGUUUAGGAAAACAGAAACAAAGCUCUGGAACUCAUAAACAAGGAAGCACUAUUAAAAUGGCUUUACAAUGCAUUUUCAAACUAGUUUCUAUUCUUGCAAGUCUUUAGAGAGCUAUGUUGUACGACAUAGUUUCAAAAACAUUACUCAACAUUUAUGAACUUUUUAACCAACUUUUACUCAGUAUCUGACAGAAUCAACUUCUCCCUCAGUUUUCAGCGAUAAAAACUUCUGUCCACUUUCCUCUAAUGGAUAACUGAAAGGACACGAAUAGAAGACAGCUCUUCUCUCUUUCUCUUCCUUUCUAUAUGUAUAAAUGUUAUCUCUUUCUCAUCUCUUUCUCUCUACUUUUAAAGAACCAAACACCCUUUAUAUAGAUCUUUUAAUGUAAGUUUCCUUUCCUUUCCUUUCCUUUUCUU